AACACUAAAUGCAACUGAAAUAACAAAGAUCUGAGAAAUAUUGAGAAAGAUGCCCUAGAGGUUCUUGAGUUUUACUGCAAUGUACACAGUGCAAUUACGAUUCGACAUCUGUUCGAAGUACAUCCAUAUGAAGCCCCUAAACCUCACAAUUUCUGACCUGAUGAAGUAUGUUUUAGCCUAUGAAAAUUUCUUAGACCCUUAAAAAAUAGACUAAUUGAUUAGUGAGUGAAACUCAAAGUAGAGGAAUAAUAAUAAUUAAAAAAAAAACAGUUGGCUAAUAGUAGUAAACUGAAACAAUUCAACAAGUAACACUGAUAUAUGCUAAAUAUUUAUUUAAUUAAAAAUCAUGAACAUAAUUAAACAACUUUUGCAUUAAAAUACAUCCUUUCCUUAUGUUCUGUCAGCAUUGGAUGUUUUUUUUUUUUUUGCCUCUCAUAUGUUUCUGUUCAACUAAAUCCGUUCGUGGAAUGUCUGUGUACCAUGACUGUUAACCAUUUACUCUUCUCUCAGACUGCAACAGCCGCUUCUCACAAUUCUUCUCACACCUGGAAAAGUUUUAGCUUUGCACUAUAUGACAAAUUCAUAUUCAACGCAUUAAUUAAAACAAUGCUUUCCCACCUUAUUUAUAGAUCUUUUGUAAUGUACUGUAUAUUAUAAUGUACAUUUACAUGAAAAAAAAGGUUAAUUUAAGGAAGAACAUAUUUAACACAUUCAAUACCGUAACCUUAUCUACAUUUCUAUCUAAAAAUGUAAGUUUUACACUUUCAACCUUGAUAACAUCAUGUGGGUUGGACAUGCAUUUCUCAAUUCAUGCUGAUUAAUAAGAAACAAAUUUUAAAGUGUGUCAUGGAAAGUUAUUUGGAGAACAAAACAAGCAUGUAGUUGUCUAAAAAAAGGCAAUCUAAAAAAAAAAGUAUAGAUUUGAAUGCUAUUUAGUUUUACAGUUCUGGUACUAAUCAUAGGUUUGAUGUCUGUUUUGCAGAUGCAUGGAUUGCAAGUGAGCGGAGACAACAAAGACUGGUUUGCCUUUGUGAAUAAAUGAAAAAUGAUUCUUAUUUAAACUAAAUAUAGAACACAUAUUAAAAUUGUCCAGAUAUAAUUUACAAUAAUAAUUAUUGUCCAGAAGAAAUGGCUAAAGCAAAUUAGGUGUUGACCACUAAGGUCAAGUCACAUUAAAGUUGUAAAGGGGUUGGGUUUCAACCUGCCCUUCCAUUCUUCUCCUAAAAAAGCUCAUCCUCCAUGCAGACAAAGUUUGCCUUGCAUGCCACACAGCUCAAAGUUGCUUUGAAGUUUAGAAAUUCCAGAAGUUUCCUGUAAUAAGGUCAAACUCUAAUGUGAACCAGAAGCUGCUUUUUCUCUCUCUGCCUCCUCACUCUGGAGAGUGUGAAGUCUUGAUAUGUCUCGUCUGUGGAUUCUCCUGCUUCUGCUGGCAAACUGGAUCAACAGCCCAGUGCUUUCUGCAAAAGCAGGCAAGAAAAAACACCAAGUGAAGAAUCAAAGUGACUUUGCGACUCCCAAGGAGGACGUUGGGUCAGAUGGGGCUCGCGAAAGUACACCAGAGUCUGACUUCUUGGCUGAUUUUUCUGGGAAACACCGCCUGUGGGUGAUCACCGCGCCGUCGCAUGGUGACAACUAUCUGCGUAUGAUGGAGAAACAGAUUCAGGAGUCUGAGGGACUAAACUGUCGCUUGGCAGAAAGAGACACACUCGUCGUCACUAUUAUUCAGAAUGCCAUGAUGGAAGGCAAAAUCCAACGCACAACCUUGCAAGGAGAAGCAAUUGUGGAGGCCAUGGACUCUGAAAUGGUGAGCAAACUUCUCCAUUACCUUGAGGUGGAGGACCAUACUUUCUCCAUGUUGAUUCUGAAGAAGAACAUGAGGGUUAGCGAGAGAUUUCCUUACCCGGUUCGUGUUGAGGCAAUCCUUGAGGUCAUCGAUCAGCUGCCUGUACGAAAGUUGGAGAAGGUCGCCAGAAAGGGCUUACCAGUUAAAUGCAAGAUCACAAAGAAAAGGUUAGUGAUGAAGAAACAGGGUUCCAACAAGCGUAGGACCUUCAGCCCACAGAGGCAAUUGAAUACCACGUCCAUCCUCACUCAGAAGAUACGUCUAGACAAAAAGGCAACAUUAAGAAACAAAGUCCAAGAUAUAUUGAGCGGACGUUCGCGAUUCAUCAUCCGUAAAACGACGGGCGGCUCAGGCAAUAGCAAACCAUCAGCUAAAGCAGGUUCAAAAUCUGGAUCUAAUGGAAAGCAUGACGACCAAAAGAAAACUCCAGACAGUGACAGAAACAGAAAGCCAGUAACAGAAGUGAAAAAAACUCCAGAAGCAGAUAAAACGCAUGCAAGUACAAAAUCUAAUUUUGACACCCUCAAUGAAAAUUUCAAAGGAGAACAAACCGUUGAUCAUUCAACCUCUAAAAACAAAGGCAAAGGAAAGGAUGGCAAGAAGAAAAAGGGAAAAGGAGGGAGGAGGAAGUCGCAACGAGAAGCAGAUGAUAAGGAAAAGGCAGCUCUUAAAGAAUUCAUGCAAAACCUCAAAGGGAGAAGAAGACUUCUUGUGAUUUCAUCCCCAAGUGAUGUCUCAAGUCAGUAUAUCAAACAGAGAGAUGAUAAUGAGCUAUGUAGCUGUGAGUUUUCCCAAAGAAAGGUCUCAGUGCUGUCCAUCAUGGGUUCAGAACGUAGUCCUACGCUACACAUCCAACACUACCAAGACUCUGAGCCACUACAAGCAUCCUUGCCAGAAAAGUUCAGAAACCCCGAGUUAAUCAGCGAGAUCCGCAGAGAAUAUGGGCUGGACUCCAAAAACUUCUCAAUGGUGUUGACUGACUAUGACCUGAGGCCAAACCUCAACAGGGUUUUCAGCAAGCCAACAGCUCCUUCUGAUUUACUGGAUUACAUUGACGGCUUUCCUUCACGUCAAUCUGAGAAGGAAGAGGAGCGAAAAGCUCCAUCACCCUGCUCUAAAGACGAAACAAACAAUCAGGAGAACUCGCUUCUGAGGUUUAUGUCCAAACGAAGACUUCUAAUCAUCUCAGCACCUACUGUAGAUGACUACUCAUUCCAUCAGCAGCUUCAGGCACUCAAUGGACAGGAGUGUCCAAUGGGUAUCCGUCAUUUUGCCUUGUUGAAGAUUGUGGGUACUGGAUCGACAGCUUCAGGAACAGUGGAGUUUUUUCCAUUGAAUGGAAAAAGUCAACCUGAGAAAGAGACACUCUCGCAGGAUGUGGUGGAGGGUCUCAGAAAUCAGUUAAAGAUAAAUAGGGACUACUUCAGCAUGCUGGUGGUGGGUAAGGACGGAGACGUAAAGGCCUGGUUCCCAUCUCCAAUGUGGUCUUUGGGAAGCAUCUACGACCUUGUGGACUCUAUGGAAUUGCGUCAACAGGAACAGAAACUGCAGCAAACACUUGGAAUUCACUGUCCAGAUGAGAAUACUGGUACUUACCAUGGUUACACAGAAGAGACAGAGGACAGCUACUUGUACCACAGAUCUGAGGACUAAAAGUCAUCCAAACAAAGACAUUAGACAUGCAAAUAAUGGACACGGCAUGCAAUUGUACAUUUGUCAUCCCCAUAUCAUGCGAUGCAAAAGUUUACCUCUAUAAUAAACAGGUCUUGGAUGAAAUUCAUACACAUUCAUCUUACCUGUUGUUGCCGUGUACUGUAAAAUUUCACUUCCUGGCACCUGGUUGCACAUGCUACUAUGCUUAGUAUAGCUUUUUUUCUCUUUUUUUUUUAAAGCUUCUGAUAUUAAAUGAUAUUUUUCUAAGCUGGAGAAAAUGUCUUUAUGAGUUUACUAUUCAAAAGUUUGAGGUUGGUAAGAUUUUUUUGGCAAGAAGUUUCUUACGCUCACCAAGGCUGCAUUUGUUUGAUUAAAAAUACAGUAAAACAGCAAUAUUGUGUGAAAUAUUUUUAGUUUUCUAUUUUAAUAUAUUCAAAAUGUACUGUGAUUGUGUUGUAAAAUCACUAACAUAUACUAAAAAGAUAAUAAAAAAAAUAAUAAAUGAAUAUUGCUCCUGUCAACAAAGACUAAU